UGUGAGCGCACCAGUAACAACUUGGUGAAGCACCUGUUCCCGAUGCUUAGAAUAGCAGUGGAGAAGAAUGAGGCCAUGCUUGCUGUGAGGUACCUGGAGAGGGCAAAAGAUUGGAUCAACAAGAUCAUCAAUGAAGUUGAAGACAUUACGAAAAAGUAUGAGGAACACUGCAAAGAUGUUUCCACAACUGCUAGUGAUGUCAUUACUGAAAAGGAUAAUGUAGAUAAGGAAAAGGAGAAAUGGAGUAAGGAAAAGGAGGCAAUCAAAGAGUCUUUGGACAAAUACAAAAAAGACCUGAAACAAGUUAACGAUGAGUUGAGCCAGAUAGAGCAAGACUUAAUCACCAAAACUAAUGAGCUUUCACAGCAUGUCCGAGACGUGACCGCCAAAGACACUGGGCUUGGCAUCUUAGGUGCUCUUGCGCCGUUUGCCGGAAAUAUAAUCCAUGCCAUCUACAAGGCAGCAACUUCACCAGCAGCUGUAGCCAAAACCAAGGAUCUGGAGACUGCUAUCAGGACGCUUACUGCAGAUAAAACUAGUCUGAGACAUAGGGAGUGGAACAUCCAGAAUGAAGUGGUCAACUGGCAGAUGCAGUAUACCAAAGCCAGUAUAGAAUUGGGUUCAAUUCCAUCCCCAGAGCAUCUGCCUGAGGUUCAGGCUCACCUGAGCAAAAUUUGCAAGAUUCUACUUGCCCUACUUCGAUUCUGGAAGACAGUCGAUACAAUGCUGGAUUCCCUGCACCAGACGACCUUUGCUAAUGAAGACAUGAUUGAAUAUCUACAAGUUGUGAAAGAGGAGUUUUUGACAUCAAUCACUGAAGCUACAAAGGUUUGGAAGAUGUUUGGUGAGGGAUGUGCGAGAGCCAAUGGAGUAUUCUAUGUCCAGACCAAAGACGCCUACCAGUUCCUGGAGGUCAACACCUCCUCGCUCUCCAAGCAGGCCUGGCAGGUGGCACAUGAUGCUGUGAUGGAGAAGCUGAUGCAGAUCGAGCCUUCCAGCACUCCUGCCAUCACCGACGGAACCUCAGAACAAUCUACUGACCCAUGAUCCUGUGAUCCCAUCCUGAUCUGAUCCAUGUUCCUGUGAUCCCAUCCUGAUCUGAUCCGGGAUCCUGUGAUCCCAUUUGCCUGUUGUGCUUUGCAACUGUUUCUGCCAUAAUUGCUGGCCUGGCUUCUUGUCCGGGGUUCGAGAUGUUUUGCCGUGUAACUGAUUUGUUUUGCCGGGUGUCUAGUAGUGAAGAAGUGGAAUUGGGAAUUUAUUAAUGUGAUGAGCAUGAACUGUGUGUGAGGGCUGAAGCCCAAUGGUGGUGGGUUCAUGUGUGUAAGAUGGUGCUGAUGGAUGGUACCUUCAUUGUCUCCCUUUUUUGUAAGUUGCUUUGCUUAAAUCAGCCACAUGACUAAAGGUACAUGUAAAUGUAACGGAAGCUUGCAGGUGUGAGUUUUAGUUUUUUUAGUCUUGGUUGAGCGAGAAACUUUUGACCAUUUCACAUUAAGAGGCUUCUUAUUAUUUUUAUUGUCAUCAUUAUCAAUAAAACAAUAUUGACAGUAGUUUGUAUUAAGAGGAAUACAAUGACGCCAAGUGUUUCACUAAGAUCUAUUUUCCGUGUACAUUGUGAUUGAAAUGUACACAUCUUAAUUUGUUUAAUCUAGCUUUCACUAUCUUCUAUUGGGAGUUGCCACUGCAGCUGGUGUCUACUGUUUUAACCAAUUAAAUCAAUUAAAUGUCA